ACAGUGUGCCUGCUGCUCUUCACGGGAAGCUGCUGGAAGGUCCUCACUGAUCUCCCCAGAACUCCUGAAAAGCACAGCUCACCCAAAAUUGCAUAUUCAGUCAGUAUCUUCUCAACCUCCUCCCUAUGAAACCUCCUUUCAUAGGAAGGUUGACUGUCUUUAUGACCAAAUUCCAGGAGUCAACAAAUUGAUUGAUGACAGCUAUGUAUGGAAUGACUGUCCGAAAUCCACAUUCAUGCAGUGUGGGCCACUCACGCCUUGCUGACACUACAGUAUUACAUAACCUCAUGUGGUCUCCCUGCUUGAGCACAUAGCGCCACCGCGAGGCCAAGACGCGGUAAUGUUGGAGGAGCUGGGCUGGGCAGCGGGCUUGCAGCAGCGGCACCUCCGCUCCUAAUCCUCCACGUAUCGGAUGCUGACUGUCCGUAGAGCCCCUGCAGUGUGCCACUGGAUUUGGUGACCAGGGCGACUCUACAGAGAGAAUCAGUUGGGGAGUUUAGUAGGAUGCCUGGAAUUCUCAGGGUGCGAUAAGGCUGAGAGGUGAGCUAGUGAAGCAGAGAUGAGUCUGACUUCCUGGUUCCUGGUGAGCAGCGGGGGGACGCGUCAUCGUCUCCCCAGGGAGAUGAUCUUUGUAGGGAGGGACGACUGCGAGCUCAUGCUGCAGUCCCGCAGUGUUGACAAACAACAUGCCGUCAUCAACUAUGAGCCAAAUACAGAUGAACAUAAAGUCAAGGACCUCGGCAGCUUGAAUGGGACAUUUGUCAAUGAUGUCAGGAUACAGGAGCAGAUCUAUGUCACACUGAAAAUUGAUGACAAAUUGAGGUUUGGAUACGAUACCAACCUGUUCACUGUGGUUCGAGGAGAGCUGCAUAUUCCAGAGGAGGCCCUCAAGCAUGAGAAGUUCAGCAGCCAGCUUCAGUUGAACCAGAAGAAACCUCUAGAGGGGGAAUCGUCUAAAUAUGAGGCGAAACCCUCUGAAUCUGCAGCAGCAGCAGUGUGUGAGGGGGCCGCUGCCAAGGCACCCGAGGCUCGAAGGGCGGAGGAUAAGACAACAGGGGACAUAGCAGUGUUGCACAGAGGCACGCCCCUCUAUGGCCAACCUGCCUGGUGGGGAGAUGGAGACACUGAUGACCAGCACCCGGGAAGGCCUGAGGAAAAGAGCUCAGAUCGAAAGCGAGACAAAGCUGAAACAGACACUAAGAAAAGUGCAGAGGUCCAAAAGUCUUCUCCACAAACAGCUUCAAAUCAGGAGCCCAGCUACUUUGAAAUCCCAACCAAGGAUACUCCCUCGACAGGUAAAGUGAGUGGUGAAACCCCCCCACGAGAACAAGAGGCUGGUGCAUCUUCUGCUGCAGAGCCCACCCAUGGCCACGCCUCCUUCACCAUUGAGUUUGACUCUGGGGCAACAGGUAAAGUGACUGUCAAAGAUCGAGUGGCGAAGGUGGGACCAGAGACCAGACCACGUCCUAAAAGGGCCGUCGGGGAGGAGCUGAGUCCCCUUCAGACAGCAGUGGUAGCUGCGGAAGUCAAAGUUGCCGACUGGCUGGCCCAGAAUGAGCUGCCAUUGGCUCUAAAGGACAUGGUUGCUGAGGAUGAUGGGGAAAGUGUGAAGAGUGAUGUGCCUGUACAACUGAAGAGUCUUAAAGACAGUAAACACGAGGAUGGUACGCAGAGCGACUCAGAGAACGCUCUUGGAGAGCAGCGCAGGACUGCAACAAUGGAGGAGUGUACAUGGGGGCUUUGGGGCGGUGCAGGGUUGAAGAUCAGGGAGGGUCGUGCUAAUGUACCAGAGGGCCUCUUCGCAGAGGAGGACAGUCCUGCUCGUCGUCGCAAGUCUUCGACUUCCAAAGUGACAAGUGGGUUUGUGGAGAGGAGACGUGGCUCGGCACCACAUCAGCAGAGUGGCCGUGAUGAGUGCUAUCACCAUGGGGAUGAUUAUAGUGACAGAGGCACCUAUACCAUUGAGCUGGAGAAUGGAGAUCAUGAAGAGGAAGAGGCUAGGAAAAUGAUUGACAAGGUGUUUGGUGUAGAUGAGCAGGAGGUUGCGUGUGUGUCCAGGUUGGGAGGUGCUGGUCAAAGAGAGAGGCUCACCUCCCAGCGGUCUGGAAUGGGAGACAGAGGAAAGCCUGGACGCAUAGAGACAGAGGUUCUACCUGAGGAAUUGGUGGUGGGUGGUCCUCGCUGGGUCUCACAAUGGGCUACUCUGGCUGCAAGUCACAUUAGGACAGACCCUGAAGGAUCAGGAGGGGAGAGUCACAUCAUGGUCACAGAGGACAGAGCUGAAAUAAAUGAGUCCAGUCACUCAGCCUCUUUUGCCACAUCUGGCUACACAGAACGAAAGAGGAGGACCCUGCCCCAGCUGCCUGGUGAGGAGCUUGUCCUAGGAAGGAGGACCCCAGGUUCAGGCUUGCGUGCAGAUAUGGGGGAGAAACAAGACACAGAGCUACAGGAGAAGGAGAAUCAGGAGGAGAAGAUGGCCAGGGGAAAGAAUCGGCCUACUCAUGGCACUGGCGGAGUAGGCAGUCACAGCAGUAGCCCCAGUCGCUCUUCACCAGCAAAGUCACAGGAUAGUGGGGGCACAAGAUCAGGCAAGUCAGGUGUAUUGGCCAAGCUCCCCACUCGUCCACUGACCAGUGGGGAGAAAAGAAUGGAGGAGGCACAGAGAAGGAAAAAGGAAGAGGAGAAGGCCAGGGAAAGUAGUGGGAAACCACUGUUGAGGCAGGAGAGUUUUACUGUGGAGAAACCAAGUUCCAAUGUGCCCAUUGAGCUCAUACCUCGUAUCGAUGGGCUAACACACAGCAAAACUCAAAGUAGGGAGACUGGCAUUGACAGCGCAACAAUUCAGAGAGACUCAGAGGCUGUUGCAGCCUUUCUAGAGACAACUGUAUCAGACCAAGGUGAUCCACCAAGUCAGUCCAUUGAAGGCUCCAUGUCACCAGAGUCAGAUGUGGACACAACCAGCACAGUAAGCCAAGCUGAUGGAACAAGAAAAGUAGUCCAGAAACGUCGGAUUCUUGCAACACAGCAGAAAGAGAGAACAAUGGUGUGCUCAUCCAGCAAAGGCCCCACCGGGGCCAGAGAGACACAGGACAGGAGGGUCAAGACCAGGGCAUCUGGUCCUCCGCAGUCCAGCCGCCCCUGGACCUCCCUGGACCUAACUGACGAUGACGUCAACUCCAACUCACUCCUCUCUGACUCCCAGCCCACCUCUACCCAGGAAUCUAGAAGCUCUCAUGCCAGGGGCCAGACUGGGAGCACACCAGUGGGGGCUAGCACCAAGUCAAGUAGAGUGAAGGUCACCCAGGCCCCAGCCUCUUCUGUAGCCAACAAAACAACCAGUGUUCCCAAGCCCAGGCCCACUAGGGCUUCCCUGCUAAGGCGAGCACGACUAGGGGAUUCAUCAGACACUGAACCUGCUGAUCUUGACCGGAUGUCGGUAGCCUCUGAAGCAUCCACUGCAAGUUCGACAUCCAGGACAGGGAUGGCAAGAAGAGGAAUGUCCCGAAUAGAGGCUCUGGCACAGCCAAGGAGGCCUAGAGUGGGUUCCCCGUCAGCCCAGAGUGAUUCAGAGGCCACUGUGACAAGAAGUAGAGGUCUCGGGGCUCGGAGUGCUGCAGGUGAUUAUGCCAUCAGACAAGGACUUAGAGGGUCUAAUGUCACCACAGCAUCUGGACCCAGGGCUAGGGCUAACAGCGCCUCCAAGCUGCCUGAUAAGAAUAAAGGCACAUCUUCCUGUGUCACACCUGCAUCUGGCUCGCGGUGGCGCCGAGUGCCUGUGGAGUAUGCUUCCACCUCAGAGGAUGAGUAUGGCUCAAAUCGACACAUGUCUAAGCAGGGCCACACAAGGCCGUUCCCUUCAACUCGGGUAGCCCAGCUCGGAGGUUCAGCCCCAGCAUCUCCUAAUCCUCCAGGCCUGGCUGCCCUGAAGCAACACUCCAGGGAACAGGACGAGUAUAUGAGAGACUGGACAGCACACAGCGAGGAAAUAGCCAGGAUUAGCCAAGACCUAGCCAAAGACCUAGCCAUGCUUGCCAGAGAAAUUCAUGAUGUGGCGGGAGAGAUCGACUCAGUCAGUCCUGCAGCCACUGAUCCCGGAGCACUGUUGGAGGAACGUGUAUUUGAUGACAGCUUGGACCUUGGUGGUCCUACAGAGCACAGCAGCGUUAUGGGAACCAAUGGGCGCCCUGUGGAGCUUCGACCCCGAGGCUCUGGUGGACAGGGUUCACGCGCCAUCCGCCGACAGACAUGGAAUAGAGAUGAUGCGGUUCUGGACAGUUUGCUACUAGCAUCUGUCACUCAACUCUCCACUAGGAUACGUCAGUCUGUUGACAAAACAACCUGCAAAAUCAGGAUCCUCUUCAAGGAUAAAGAAAGAAAGUGGGAAGAGAUUGAGAACAAACUGCAGGCAGAGCAUGACUCCUUGCUACUCAAGAGCUCCAAUAAGGAGAUUUCAAGCAUUAUUCAAGACCUGAAGAGGGUGGAAAGACAACUGCUCGUAAUCGAUAUGAUGGUGGACCCAGACGGUACUCUGGAUGCUCUGUCCAAUCUGGGCCUGACCAGCCCUCUGACUGGCCAGAAGAUCAGUCCUGGGACUCAGCAGGGGGCGUCGGUGUUGCACUCUGGAGCAGGAGCUUCCUCCAGCACAUUCUCUCCCUCCAGGCCUGAAGGAUUGGUCAGUGAACCCUGUGGACCUUCAGGCUGUGCAGAGGUCACAGAGCAAGACCCAGGGCAGCAACAGAGCUUCAGAUCAAACAACUGAUACACUAGGGACAUAAUCCAGAAUGCAUCCUUCAUGUUGGCCAUACGCUGAAGCUCUUGGAAACAGAUAGCAGUUUGACAGCAUUUUUAAGUAACUGGUUUCAGACAAAAGGUGUAAAGAGGAAGGAGAGUGAAGCCUAUUUCAAGGGAAAGCCUGACGACCCUGUCAACCUAACUGACCUGUGAUGAGACUUUGUAAAAGUCCAGCUCUACCAAAUAGCAGUUCUUGAGAUGUGAAAUAUACAAUAUGAAAACAUCACAGUAAUAAUUUGUGGGCUAAUUGAGGAAGCUGUGACAUAAUAUACAGUAACCCAUCUGUGUUUUUGUGUUGCAGCUCAUUCUUAUUAUCCAUGAUCCUGAAAAAAGAACGUAAAUAAUGAGAGGAUGUAGUGUUAAAGGUAAACUCAGUCUUGCCAAUUAAUUACAAGCCUUGAAGUUUGUGUUUGAACCAUUGUUGGUCAGCUGACUUAAGGCUGUUACAGGAUCCCAAAAUGGAAAGAUGUGAAGGUGUCAAAAAAGAAUUCAGCAGAGGUGUAUGUGAAGUGUUCUUCUAUCCUGCCAUAGAAUUAUUUAUAAAAAAAUAAAUAUAUUGUUGGCUGUUGCAAUCCCCAAA